UCCUUCUUUCCUUUUGACAACCCGCCAUUUUGAAACGUUGUUGAUUUUCUGAAGAGGAACGCUGAACUCGCGCCCGGCCCCGCCCGCCGCUUUGGCCUCCCCGUCAACCGCCGCCCCCUUUCCCCUUCCGUGGGCGGUUUUUGUUGGCUGUGGCCCUUGUUGCCCUCUUACCUUCUCCGGCAAGCAGUUGAACCAGCCAUGACUUCUAUUUCCGAGAAAGAUGACGUGCAGUCUGCUGAGCAACUAGAAGAAAGAGAACCUAAAACUGAAAAUAGUGAUGAGGAGGAGGAAGAAGAAGAGGAAGAAGAGAAAGAAAAGAGCCUCAUUGUUGAAGGAAAAAGAGAAAAGAAGAAAGUAGAAAGAUUGACCAUGCAAGUGUCCUCAUUACAAAAGGAGCCUUUUACAAUUACACCUGGAAAGGGGCAAAAACUCUGUGAAAUUGAAAGGAUACAGUAUUUUUUAAGUAAGAAAAAAACAGAUGAACUUCGAAAUCUGCACAAACUUCUUUAUAAUAGGCCAGGCACAGUUGCGUCACUGAAGAAGAAUGUGGGACAGUUCAGUGGGUACCCGUUUGAAAAAGGAAGUGAUCAAUAUAAGAAAAAGGAAGAAAUGUUAAAAAAAUACAGAAAUGCAAUGCUGAAAAGUAUAUGCGAAGUUCUUGAUUUGGAAAGAUCAGGAGUUAAUAGUGAACUGGUAGCCAGAAUCUUAAAUUUCCUGAUGCAUCCAAAACCUUCAGGCAAGCCAUUACCAAAAUCUAAAAAAACAUCCAGCAAAGGAGGUAAAAAAGAACGCAGUAGCUCUGGAACAGCAAGAAAAGCCAAACGCACCAAAUGUCCUGAGAUCCUGUCAGAUGAAUCUAGUAGCGAGGAAGAUGAAAAGAAGGAAAAGGAUGAAUCAUCCGAAGAAGAUAAAGAGAGUGAAGAGGAGCGACCUAAAAAAUCAACUCAAAAAGAAAAAGCUAAGCAGAAGACAACUCCAAAAACCAAAAAGGGCACAAAGAACGCUAAUGUCAAAAAAGCAGAUAGCAGUACAACCAAGAAGAAUCAGAAUAGCUCCAAAAAAGAAAGCGAAUCUGAGAAUAGUUCCGAUGAUGAGCCUUUGAUUAAAAAGUUGAAAAAAAAGCCACCUACAGAUGAAGAACUGAAAGAAACUGUGAAGAAGCUGUUAGCGGAUGCUAACUUAGAGGAAGUCACCAUGAAGCAGAUUUGUAAAAAGGUAUAUGAAAACUAUCCCACUUAUGACUUGACUGACAGGAAAGAAUUCAUCAAAGAGACAGUGAAAGAGCUUAUUUCGUGAUCUGAUGGGGAAGAAAGCGAAGACUUGAUAUUAGUUCCCAUGGAUUUAAAUAUUUUGUAAACACCAGCAAAAAUGUUAAUUUUUUGCCCUUUUUUAUAACAUAGUGUUUAGUCAGGGAAGAUUUUACAGACUUAAUUUUCUGAGUGUUGGUGGAAAUUGCUUUAAUUUUUAAAAAAUUGUGUUUAAUGCAGUUUUUAGGUUUCUGCAUGGUGAUAAAUGUUCCCUCCCUGCUUUUACUUUGUACAUCAUGAAAUUAUUUUCUACGUUUAGAUCUGUUAUAGCUGUUGUAAUUUUUAUUGCACUGUAAUGUAGAGAAUUUUUUUUAAAAAAUCAAGUAAUUUGAAAAUUUUAAUAGCACGUAUGCAUGCAAAGAUUGUAAAAUAUUGCAGUAUUGGGCAUUACAUUUAUUUUGGAUACAUAUCCGUUCUCUUGAUUCGGAAUAAGUCACAUUUCCUGACUUAAAAUGUUCUAAAAUCCUCUUGCAUGUGUAUACAUCUGAGAACCGUCAGAGCAAAAUAAUUGGCACAUAGAUGUUAUUUUUGUACCUUUCUGUUGUAUAUAAGCUUAAUUCAGAUUUCUUGACAAUUUUUUAAAGAAUAAAUGUGUUAAGAGAAUUUAUGACCAAUGUCAGUGUUCAGGAAUAGGCUGAGAUUAAUUAGGACGCAAUUGUAACUACCAUAUAAGAGUUUGUUCACCUUGAAAUAAAUUCUAAUUGCACUCUUAUUUUUCAGUGUUGAAAUUGGUAGUAGGGAUUAUCGUUGAUCUUGUUCCAAAGAUUUGACAUAAUGCCCUGUAUGCAGAAACUUAAUGUAUAGGGGAAAAAUAUGGAUUUGACUGCUAAGAAAAAUAAUAUGCUUCUUUAAUAAGCUUCCUUGAACAGAUUACACUUUGAGAAAUGGAUCCUAUUGAGUGGGUAUGUGGUCCACAGUUCUUGAAUAAAUGCAGUACAACUAGUAGACAGUACCUAGAAAAAUAAGCCUUGUGAUGUAGGAAUGACUUUAUUAUGGACCCUUACUUUCUUGGUAGCGUCAGCUGGACAUUUCAGUAUUCUUAUCCAGAAUGAGAACGUACUUUAAAGAGGAUAAAUGCUUAACUGUUGCCUGCAGUGUUAACUGUCGGUUUUUGUUGAAUCUUUUUUUUCUAAAUUAAAACCUCAGUUCUACAAAUAAAUAGGCAUUGAAAUUUGGACCCACAAAUAUUUGCUCACAACUUUGUUACCUUUGAAAAGGUAUAUAAGAUGAUCAUGAACUGCAGUCCUUCAAAUGCCAAACAAGUAUGUGUCAUAAUGUGAGAUGCAACCUCUUCAUGAUUGUAUUCAUUACAAGUGCUGCAGAUUUUUAAAUAUUGUAGUAAUGUGUAGUUGAUCAAAGCAUAAAUCUGCAUUCUGGAAAUAUUAAGCUAGCUAGUAAGCUGAUUGAUCUCUGCCAUUUUUACCACUUGUUGUGCAUGCCAUUCUUUAUAGUAAGGCAAAUGUAACUCUCAGUUUUGUAGUCAAUAAAUGUCUUUUAAGGAAAAUGUAUAUUUUGAAAUUUGAAAACAUGUACAGUAAAAUUUGAUAAAGAACCAAA